AUGGAAGAAUUUGACAUCCAAAGGUCAGUUUUGUUCUCUGACGAAGAAAACAGUGAAGAAAUUGGCGAUGUUGAAGCCAAACUCAAAGAAGAAAUUCGUGACGGCAAGUUUUCAGUCAACGAGCUGCUCCCUCCUCCCAACCCGCUGCUGCCCAAAACUUUGAUGCCAUCUGAGCCUGCUUUUCAAGCACAGAAAAUCCCGUUUAUGUAACUCUUAUUCAGAGCUCUGGAACCUUUCUACGGCGAUGAAGAACAAGCCGAGCAAGGCUUAUCAGCUGAUAGGACUGCAUUUCCAGCGCCUUAUCCUCCAGAGACUUCAUUGCGGAGUUUAUUUGAAAGUCAAUCAAUAGUCUACCUGAGGUCUAAAUCUAUAUAUGACGACAGUGUUGACGCUGGCUAUUUCAAUGCGAAUUUGUGCGACAUCAAGUGUCUCAUAUUAAAAAAACGCUCCCUUGAGACCAAGGGACAAAGACUCUAUCAAAACGAGUUGUUACAAGCUGAGUUGCCUAUGUAUUAUCAGCCUGCUGAUAGCACUGAUAAUACGUUAGUAUUCGAGUCCAGGUUUGAGUGCGGGAACCUCGCAAUGGCUGCAAAAAUAGGGGAAAACGAGUAUAAUCUGUUAAUGUCAAAUGAUAUCAACUCUAAAGGGCACACACAAUGGUUUUUCUUUAGGGUGGAAAAUACCAAGGCAAAUAUGAGGGUAAAAUUUAACAUUGUGAACUUCGCCAAGGCAGAUUCACUGUUUAAUGACGGCAUGAGGGUGCUAGUGUACUCUUGCAAGUACUAUGAAAGAUAUGAAAAAGGCUGGACAAGAGGCGGGGAAGAUAUACAGUAUUAUCCUAAUGGGAUUUUGAAAGAUCCCAAGAAGACAAAAACGUACUAUAACUUGAGCUUCACUUAUCAGUUUAAAUAUACAGGGGAUUCUGUGUUUUUUGCCUACUCACUGCCGUAUACAUAUACACAACUGCAGCAGAUGCUGGAUAACUAUGAAAGAGAUCCAGCGAGGAACAAGUAUUUUGCGAGAAAAACCCUGUGCAGGACUAUUGGGGGGAAUAAUUGUGAUUAUUUGACGAUCACUAAUAAAGGGACACUAGAGGAAAUAAGGAAUAAAAGAGGAGUUGUACUGUCAGCCAGGGUGCAUCCGGGGGAAACAGUUGGGUCAUGAAUGAUGCAUGGAGUUUUGGAUUUCUUGACCAGUGAUGACCCAGAAGCCUCUGCGCUGAGGGAUAGAUAUGUAUUUAAAGUGGUCCCAAUGCUAAAUCCUGAUGGUGUUAUUAAUGGAAAUUACAGAUGUGGGUUGGUAGGAGCUGACCUGAACAGGAGGUGAAAAAAUCCUAUCAGCGUCCUCCACCCAACUAUUUUUAGUCUCAAACGAUUAAUUAAAUCUAUGGCUGGGAACUACGAUAUAGAACUUAUAUGUGACCUGCAUGGACAUUCUAGGAAGAAAAAUGUGUUUAUAUAUGGCUGCAAUGUCCCUGAUUCCCCUCAAGCUUGCAAAAUUUUUCUGGUCAUCAGGAAAAAAUCCUGGGAGAUUUUUUCAUCUGCCUUUUUUCCGUCAAAAAUUACGGAGAGUUUUUACCUUUUUAGAGGAAAAAACUCAAAUAGUUUUCAAAAAAGUAAACCUGAAAGCCUACCUUGUUUUUCCUCGAUUUUUAAAGGAAAAACCCCCUUUUUGUGAAGCAUUUUUCUGAAUCUAAUUAUUGACGAUAUUUUAGAGCAAAAUACGACAUAAAAAAUCCCGAGUUUUUGUAUCAUUUUGAAUCAAUAUUUUCAUCGCAGAUAUUCACUAUUAGUUAAUUAUCUACAAAUUUUAUCCAUAAAAAAUAAGAAGUCUAAACUUGAAAUAUUAUUUAUUUUUAGAGUUUGUUAAUUGUAGCUGAUAAGUAAAUUUUUCAAUUUUUAUGAGUGUUUUUGCUGCCGAUUUCUGUAUAAAAAAAAUUUGACGUCCAAAAAACAUACUGGCUAAGAUACAAUGCAAUUUCUUUCUUUAAUCUGGCUUACAUUUUUAGGUUUAAGAAUUAAGAUUGCACAAUUCUUUAUAUUAGAUCUUUAAGACUAAAUCUCAUACUAAAAAUAACUAGAUCCCGAUAAAAUUCUUUACAAUAAUUUUUUUUUUCUGUAAACUCGGGAAAAAAAAGUAUGUUUUUGUCUUAAAAAAACAUUGGAGUCUUUUCCUUUAAAUAAAGUAAAAAACCUACAGUAAAAAACCAACAGAAAAAAAAAAAGCCUACCCUGUUUUUUCACUGAUAACCCAAAAUUUUCCCCUUUUAUUUUGUCAAAACUUUCCCCAAUUUUUAGUUAUCAGUACUCAAGAUUUGGGGUACAAAAGUCAAAAGAAUCCACAAUGAGGGUCACGAUGUUUAAGGACCUGAAAAUCCCUCAAAUUUAUACAAUGGAAUCGUCUUUCUGCGGAGCCGACUUCGGGCAGUACAUGGGGAUGCAUUUUACUGGACAAAUCCUAGCUGGGAUUGGGAGGGACUUGUGCAGGACUUUAAUUGUUUUUGGGCAAAAUCAGCCAAUAAUUCAGUCUCCUGUUUCCAAAGGGAAAAGACAGCCAAUGCCUCUAGCGAAAAGCAGAAUUAAAAAAGGAAAAUUACCUGAAAAAACUCCCAAAAAAGCAGAAAAUAAGGCAAUGAUAGAGCCUUUUAAGCUAUUUGGGGUUGAUUAUGAUGAGAUUUUAAACGAAAUGAUGCAAAAAGAAGAUAUUUUACAUAAUGGAGAGGACGGAGAAGACUCAAGUGGCUCAGAUUCUGACCCUUCAGAGGACAAUUUAGAAAUUGAAGAGCUCAGGAAUUUAGUCCCAUUGUCUUAUUCAGCCCCUACAAAGAAAAAAGAAAAAAAUAAGAAAAAAAUAAACCAGCCUAAGACAUUUACCAGAAGGAUCCCAAAACAAAAAUGCAAAAAAUGUGGCGAAGAAAUGCAGCCUGGGCACCAAUGCAAAGUCCAGGAUGCCCCUCCUCCACCUAAAAAGGCUCCUAUUGGGCUCAGGACGUAUUAUAAUCUUGCAGGGAAGCGAGUUCAUGAUCAAGCUACUCAGACACCUCUGUCAUUAUAUCCUAAGGCUGCUAAAGGGAUUACAGAUGAAGAACCUAACCGAAGCACUUCUCCUCACGCGCUGAAUGCUUCAAUGGAAAAUAAUUUAUAA